AUGUCGCUCAAGCGCAAGGCUUCGUUCUCGGGGCUCCCGUCUGGCCUGGCAACGCCUACGCCUAGCUGGGGCAUGCCCGAUAGCUCCAAGGACCUUCCUAGCCGGACCCGAAAGCGCUUCCGGAAUGGCCGUCCAAGCGACGAUGUUGUGUAUGAGAAAACCCUCCGCUGGAUCUUCUCCGCGCAACAGCAACAACAACAGCAACAGCAACAGCAACAGCAGCACAUAACAGCUAUUGAUGUAACCGGAGACAUCAUGAUGGACUCGGAUCCGGCCAUCCCGUCCCCAGAAACUGUCGACCCGCGACAGCAGACCCUGCUGCGCUUCUUCCAGCCCCGAGCAGAGCCAUCGUCGCCCUUCCGGCCAUCCCGUGAAGCUCUUGCCGCCCGUGCCAAUGAGACCGCCAUGGACCAGGAAGAGAUCAUGCGGCGCCAGGUAUUCGCGCAGAUGAACAUGGCUGGGAGCACGAGCGGGAGCGAGACGACGAGCUCCGGCUUCUUCCAGACGGAGACGGACGUGGAGAUGGAGAUGGAUACUGAUGAGAGCAGCGAGAACCCCAACCCGGUUGCCAAGUGGGGGUUCUGGAAUGGAGGUGCUUAG